AUGCCUCAAUUACUGUCACCACUGGCCCUCCGGGCCUUGCGGAGCCUUGUCCAGCGCCCAGCGAUCACAACACCCGUCCGCCGAACUCUCACAACCGCGAAACAAACCCCGAUCACCUCCCGCUUCAACUUCCAGCCCGUUUUCCGUACCUCGGCCUUCGCCGCGCAACGGCAGUUCUCUACUUCGCCCAUUAUUCAAGCUACAUACAACCAGGUCCGUCGGGGUAUUCGGACUGGCCAGCGGGCUCGUCGGGGUCGGUCUCCUGCGCUGAAGGGAACGCCUGGUCUCAAGGGUGUUUGUGUUAAGACUGGUGUGACCAAGCCCAAGAAGCCUAACUCUGGUGAGAGGAAAGUUGCAAGAGUGCGCUUGAGUUCGGGCAAGGUCGUCACUGCUUACAUUCCUGGUGAAGGUCACAACAUCCAGCAGCACAGUGUUGUCCAGGUCCGUGGUGGACGUGCUCAGGAUUGUCCUGGUGUGAAGUACACCCUCGUCCGUGGUGCGAUGGAUUUGGGUGGUGUUGGAAGUCGUAUGACCAGUCGCUCGAAGUACGGCACAAAGAAGCCCAAGAGCAACUAA